AUGUCAACUAUUAAUGACAAUGCGCCAUCGACAGAGACCGUAGCCACCGUUCCAGGCACCAUGGCCAAUGAGCAGAAGGUGCCAAGAGACGUGAUCGGUCACCGUCUGCAAGCCUUCGCAGGCUUCCAUCUCGGCUUACAGCUCAUUCGCAGCUACCUCGAUGCUGGCUGCUAUGAGAGGGCUGCUGAGUGGACCGACCCGCUCCAGCUUCGCGCCGAGAUCGGUAUGGAGUUGUUGGCGCCCGCGUGCGCAGUCGUUGGCGCCACGUGCACAGUUGUUGGCGCCCGCGUGCACAGUUGUUGGCGCCAGCGUGCGCAGUUGUUGGCGCCAGCGUGUGCAGUUGUUGGCGCCCGCGAGUGCAAUUACUUAGAUGCCCGGGCUGAGGCUCUUUUGGUCGCUCUUGGUGCGGAGGCGGACGCGGAGCUCUCCACCUUGGCGACUCAGUUUGCCCAAGUGGCCGGUCAGACACUCGCCCCACGGACGUCCAAUGAUUACGCCCGGUCUUGGGAACCUUUCCGCGAGUGGUGGGUGGCCAGGCGACUGCCCGGAAGCAUCUAUGACACCCCGGGUGAGGCGGUGGCACUCUAUCUGCUCUCCCUGCUGAACUCGUCCAAGGAAGAUAAGGUGGGGCCUGGACGGGUCCGCACAGCGAGUGCAGCAAUCAGCUCCUACUUCCGCCUAGCCGGCAGAGCGCCCCCUACAGAGCACCCUGCCUGCAGCAUCGUCCGCGACCUCGCCAAAAAGCAACUCCAAGGCCGUAAGCUGGAACGCGACGCCCUGGAGCCGGCGGACGUCACGGCGCUGGCCCGGCUGGUCGGUGGGCCAGAACCGCCCCUUGACCAGCUGAUGACCGUCACGGCCGUCGUGGUCAUGUUCGCGGGGUUCUUUCGGUUCGAUGAUGCUGCGGAGAUAAGCGUUCACGAGGACCUUCUGGUUAUCACGGCAACUGGGAUGGAUGUUUUCAUCCCUCGAUCCAAGACCGAUCAGCAGAGACAGGGUCACUGGGUUCCCAUCGCCCGCGUCGGCGGUGCCGCUUGCCCCGUGGGCCUGACAGAGCGCCUCCUCACCCUAGGACGGUACAAACGCCGCCCAGACACGCCGGACGAGGACGUUGGGCCCCUUUUGCGACCGGUCCAGUGGAACAGGGCCGGGGGGUACCUGUCAGGCCCCCUGACAGGCACGGUGGCCCAGCCGAUCCACUCCCUGUCGUACCCUGCCUUCUGCCACCGGCUCAACAAGACCCUGCAAGCGGCGGGGAUCACCCGCCGCAUCACUGCGCAUUCCAUGCGCAUAGGAGGAAAUAGCACUGCCGCCGACCGCGGUGUGCCUGCGGACCUGCGCAAAGCGCACGGCCGGUGGCGCAGCGACGCCAUGGUGCAGCACUACACACGGCGUGACGGGGAGGCGAAACUCUCCGUCUCCCGCAGCCUGGGCCUCGCCAGUGAGCAAAUGUCUCUUCGGUCUGCUGUGUAA